AUGUCAUUCACUAUCGGUGUCACCGGAGCCAAUGGCUACCUAGGCUCGAAAACUAUCCAAGCUCUUCUCAACCAUUCUCUCGUUCCCGCCUCAUCGAUCAUUGCCAUCUGUCGCGACCCUUCUAAGGCUUCAGAAGCAUCAUCAAGAGGAGUCGACGUUCGACAAGCCGACUUCAAAGACACGCCAUCCCUCGCAAAGGCAUUCAAAGGCGUCCACAACCUCUUCAUCGUCUCGCCCAAUGUCCUUGGAGACGAAGGAAAGCAGCUCACGACCAAUGCAAUUGCCGCAGCAAAAGCCGUCGGAGUCAAGAAGAUCUUUUACACUUCUCAUACUGGCGCAAGGGAGCACACUGAAUUCGUACCUGGAUCUCAGCACUACCACGUGGAGCAGAAACUGAAGCAGAGUGGACUCGAAUGGACUUCGCUCCGAAAUGGAUUCUACCUGUCUGGCACGGAUUACCUUUAUGGUAAACCUAUCGAGUCGGGAUCGAUCACUGCACCUGAGGAUGGCAAAGUCUCUUGGGUCGAUCGUCUGGAUCUUGCCGAGGCCAGCGCUCGGAUCUUGGCUGAACAGUACGAUACCAAGGGAGUAGAGUACCUCGAUCUCGUCAAUGCAAAGAGCUGGGACAUGGCUGAAGCCGCCGAGAUCCUGUCGAAAAUCACCGGAAAAGAAAUCAAACGAAAUGUGGUUCAAGACAAGACCUUUGUCGACUCAUUUGUCGCCAACGGGAUUCCAGAGCCCAUGGCUAAAAUGUUCUCCGGCACGGUCAAAGCCAUGCACAAUGGCGACUUUGCGAAAACGGAUGGCGUAUUGGAGCAGAUCAUCGGAAGAAAGCCCAAGACCUUGGACGAGUAUCUUGAGGAGAAGAGGGAUAAGACUGUUAUGUAA